UGCUGCCUUGAGACCAGAGGAGGGCAUAGAGGGACACGAACAGUUUCCACGAGCGCAUUUCAGGUUCCAUUUCCGAGUGAGGAGGGGAAAAAAAUCCACAUUUUUUCCAGCUGAGUCACGACUCAGUAAGAUCCGCACUGCGACGCUGUUUUUCCUCGGACACGAACAUCGAGCUAACUUAAAGCCAGAGCCCGAACCAGAGCGGAUGCAGAAUUUAAGCGCUAAAUUGUUUUAUUGCAUUGCUCCCUGUCUGAAAUCUAAAGUAACUAUUUAAAAAAUUGUGCAAGUAUGUCAGAUAAUGAUACAGGGACGAGCUUGCUAUCAAAGGACAAGCCAAGCGAAUGCAGCGAGAACCAGAACCGGGUCCCUACAGAUAAGGGAAUAGAUGCCGUUGGCAUUUUAUGGACUUUUGGGAAAUGUCUCACAGCUUUGUUGCCCGUUUACUUGGCUGGAUAUUACCGAGUGAGCAGCAGUCUGGUGGUGUUUGGACUCGCUCUCUACUCGGGAUGGAAACACACUCGGGCUGUCAAAGAGGCGAGGCUGAAGUCCGCCAUACAGCUAUUGAACGAAAAGAGUGAAUCAUCCAGUAGCGUGUACAGAAGCCAGAAAGACCUACCAGCUUGGGUCAAUUUCCCAGAUGUUGAGAAGGUUGAAUGGCUAAAUAAGGUAAUCCAGCAGGCAUGGCCAUUUAUUGGUCAGUAUCUGGAGAAAUUGCUAACAGAGAGUAUUGCUCCAUCCAUCCGCUCAUCCAGUGUACACCUGCAGACCCUCAACUUCACCAAGAUUGACUUUGGUGACAAGGCUAUGAAAGUUGUAGGAGUGAAGGCUCAUACAGAGAAUGAAAAAGGACAAGUGCUACUGGAUGUCUACAUCAGCUACGUGGGAAAUGCAGAGAUAAAUGUGGAGGUGAAGAGGUAUUUCUGUAAAGCUGGAGUAAAAGGGAUACAGCUGAGUGGUAUGAUGAGAGUGAUUUUGGAGCCUUUGAUUGGCAAUGUGCCCAUUGUCGGAGCGAUCACUAUGUUCUUUAUCAGUAGGCCUAAUUUGGACAUCAACUGGACUGGUUUAACCAACCUUUUGGAUAUUCCAGGACUCAAUUUGAAGACAGACACUAUGAUAAUGGAUGCCAUUGCCUCCUUUCUGGUGCUACCUAACCGUCUCACCAUUCCAUUAGUGCCAGAUCUACCAGUGGCACAGCUUCGGUCCCCUUUGCCAAGGGGUGUGGUCCGCAUUCAUCUUUUGGAAGCUGAAAGUUUGGCUGCCAAAGAUAACUAUGUGAAGGGUCUGAUGUCAAACAUGUCUGAUCCUUAUGCUUUGAUUAGAGUGGGCCCACAGUCCUUCAGGUCAAAACACAAAGACAACACAGACAGUCCAAAAUGGGGUGAGAUAUAUGAGGUAAUUGUUCAUGAGGUACCUGGCCAAGUGUUGGAGGUAGAAGUGUAUGACAAAGAUCCAGACCAGGAUGACUUUCUGGGCAGAGCAAAGUUGGAUUUGGAAAUAGUUAAGAAGGCUAAAAUUGUUGAUGAGUGGUUCACUUUGAAGGAUACUCCCACAGGGCGUGUUCACCUCAGACUGGAAUGGUUGACAUUACAGGACACCACUGAUACCUUGGAGCAGGUAAUGAAAAGGAAUGAAACCUUUCUGAGUAAUACAGCAGAUCCCCCCUCAUCAGCUAUCUUGACAGUGUAUUUGGACAAGGCAGAAGCACUUCCUAUGAAAAAAGGCAAUAAAGAUCCCAGUCCAAUGGUGCAGCUUUCUGUGCAAGACAUAACCCGAGAAAGCAAAACCAGCUGGAACACAGUUAAUCCUGUUUGGGAAGAUGCCUUCACAUUCUUCAUCCAAGAUCCACACAAACAGGACAUUGAUAUCCAGGUGAAAGAUAAUGACCGUGUACAGCCCCUUGGCAGCCUGUCUCUACCACUCUCUCGCCUUCUAUCUUGUCCUCAGCUCAGCCUUGAUCAGUGGUUUCAGCUUUAUAAUUCUGGACCAGCCAGCCGUAUUCACAUCAACACUAUACUCAGGGUGCUCUGGAUUGAUGAAAGUGCUAUAUCCUCCUCUCUUCUCUUGAGUAAUCCAGUUUCUGCAAGACCUCAACAUACCUCCACUGAUGACAGUUUUGCCACUGAGGGGGUGCUACGUAUUCACCUGCUGGAGGGAAAGAAUUUGAUACCCAAGGACAACUUGAUGGGAGGCAUGGUGAAGGGGAAGAGUGAUCCCUAUGUCGUCAUUAAUAUUGGUGGAAGCACCUUUAAAAGUCUUGUGAUUAAGGAAAAUCUCAACCCCACCUGGAAUGAGAUGUUUGAGGUGGUUUUGACUGAUCUCCCUGGUCAAGACUUAACAUUAGAGGUAUUUGACAAAGACAUGGACAUGAAAGAUGACUUCAUGGGCAGAUUAAAGAUUAAACUAAGUGACAUUAUUAAAACCAAACAUAUGGAUGAGUGGUUUAUUCUGAGUGACGUGAAACAUGGCCAUGUUCAUCUGGCUCUGGAGUGGCUGAACAGAGAAACAAAGGCAGAUAAACUGGAACAGGUGUUGCAUUACCAGUCUAAGAGCUCGUACAUGAACAAGGCAGUACCUUCUGUGGCCCUGUUGUUUGUAUAUUUAGAGGCUGCCCAUGAUGUCCCUUUAAAGAAGAGUGGCAAAGAGCCUAAGGUUGGUGCUGAACUUGUUCUUGGAGGGACCACACACAAGACAACGGUAUGUGACCGUACCAGCUCACCACAGUGGAAUGAGGCCUUUCAUUUUCUGGUUCUUGACCCCAAGAAGGAGGAACUUAUUUUGAAGUUGUCACAUUGCUGGGAUUUCCCACUUGGCUCUGUGGUGAUUCCUGUAAGAGAUCUCCUCUCCCAGCCAAAUUUGCUGCUGGACCAAUGGCUUAAUUUGGAUGGAGCUUCACCCCAGAGUCAGAUCCUACUGAGGGCACAGCUUAAGAUCCUGUGCCCGAAAGUGACAGAGGGCUCCACAGAGAAAAAAAAUACUUCUGAAACGAAGACCUUUGCAGAUGAGAGCAAACAGCAGAAAGAGCUGGUUCAAAAGUCAAGUGAGCUGUUAGAUCCAAUCACUAUAACCUCUUCUGUAACUGCUCCUGAUAAGAAUGGAAAGGAGACAGAGGAUAAGAAAGAGAAGGAGAGUGAAAAACUUACAGAGGACAUUUCCUUUAUUGAUCAGAAUCCACAUACCAGCCCACAUCCCAGCUUUGGAACUGAGGGUGUACUGCGUAUCCACCUACUGGAAGCUCAGAAUUUGAUUGCGAAAGACAACCUUAUGGGUGGCAUGGUGAAGGGGAAAAGUGAUCCCUAUGUUAAGAUCAACAUUGGAAGCAACAUAUUUAAAAGUCAUGUCAUUAAGGAGAAUCUAGAUCCCUCCUGGAAUGAAAUGUAUGAGCUGGUUUUGGCCCCGGAGACAGCUUCAGAAGUCUUUAUAGAGGUGUUUGAUAAAGACAUUGAUAAAGAUGAUUUUCUAGGAAGGGUCUGCAUCAACUUGCGUGAAAUCAUUCAAGCUCAAUACAUUGACCAGUGGUUUACUCUGGAUGAUGUUAAACAUGGAAGCCUUCAUCUAGUUCUGGAGUGGCUUCCCACAGUGACAGAGCCAGAUAAACUACAACAGGCAUUGCAGUUACAGUCCAUCUCCUAUGAGAAUAAAGCCUCACCCUCUGCGGCUUUGCUGUUUGUUCUAAUUGAGAAAGCUCACGCACUGCCAAUGGUGAAGGGUGGGAAAGAGCCUAAAGCUGGAGCAGAGCUUGUAGUCAGUGGAAUCUCUUAUAAAACCAAGAUGUGCGAUCGCUCUACAUCUCCUCAUUGGGGUGAGGUUUUCCACUUCCUGAUUCAUGAUCCUCGAGAAGACAUUCUUAUUAUUAAGCUUUCCAGUGGGUGGGAUCAGCCACUGGGUUCCCUGGUUCUUCCAGUUAAAGAGCUUCUGUCAAAGAAAGAGCUGCUGCUGGACCAGUGGCAAAAUCUGGAUGGCGCAUCUCCUGAAAGUCAAAUCCUACUGAGAGCACAGCUCAAGAUUUUGGCAUCAAAGAUAGAGAAAAAAGUACCUACAGAAAAACCUCCUGAAAAGUCUAUUGAAAUGACCGUUGGAAAUACAGUGAAAAAGCCCAAUGGAAAAACUGAAAAGUCUGAUGACCCUGAAGAAAAGUCUAUGGGUGCAAACAGUAAUUCUGGUGGGCAAAGUGGAGGGAAAACACCAAUCAGUGCUGAGCAGUUGUUGCCAACAGCCAGUAAAGAGAUCAAACAAGACACCAAGCCAACACCAAGGCUUAAUGAACUAGUGGCUUUUACAGUACCAGUAGCUGUAUCACUUUCUGAAGACACACAAAAAGUACCAGCAUCAGAUAUCAGUCAUGACACAGGACCUGAGGCAAAGGAAUUGAGUAAAGCAUCCUCAGUUGGUGGAGCCAGUAAACCUGUGAAACCAAUCACAGUAAAGGAGGCAGCAAGCACAGCCAAUAAUGAGCAAAACGUAGACAAAACAGCUGAUAAUUUUCAUGAAAAGGUUCAUCCGAUUGUUCCUGCUGCUAAAGCAAAUACAGAAAUAACCCAUGUGCUACCGCAACACACAAGUUCAUACCCUGGCUUUGGCAACCAGGGGGUGCUUCGUAUUCACCUGUUGGAGGCUCAGAAUUUAGUUGCUAUGGACAGUUUGAUGGGUGGUAUGGUGAAGGGAAAGAGUGACCCCUAUGUGAAGAUCACUGUUGGGACUACAACCUUUAAAAGUCAUGUGAUCAAAGAGAACCUCAACCCCACCUGGAAUGAGAUGUAUGAGAUGAUUUUGACUCCUGACCCCAGUCUAGAAAUUAAGUUUGAACUUUAUGACAAAGAUAUUGACUCUGAUGACUUCCUUGGAAGGUUCAAAAUUAAGCUUGGAGAUAUUAUUAAAUGCCAGUACAAUGAUGAGUGGUUUUCUCUAAAUGACAUCAAACAUGGCCGUCUUCAUCUGGUUCUUGAAUGGCUGCCCAUCGUAACACAUUCAGACAAACUACAGCAGGUGCUACAGAUGCAAAGUUCCCAGUCAAGCCAGAAUAAAGCAGUUCCUUCAGCUGCCCUACUGUUUGUCCUUAUUGAGAGAGCACAUGCACUGCCUCUGAAGAAGAGUGGGAAGGAACCAAAAGUUGGGGCUGAGCUUGUGCUUGAGGGAACGUCUUACAAAACAAAGGUGUGUGAGCGCUCAAUAUCUCCUCAGUGGCAUGAAGCAUUUCAAUUCCUGGUUCAAGACCCCAACAAAGACAUGCUUGUUAUUAAACUCUCUAGUGCAUGGGAUCAGCCACUUGGUUCUCUGAUUCUACCAAUGAAGGAGCUUCUUUCUAAGCAAGAACUGAUGUUGGACCAAUGGCUGAGCUUAGAUGGAGCUUUAGCUGAAAGUCAGAUCCUAUUGAGAGCAGAACUUAAGAUCCUAAACUCUAAGAUGGCAGCACUUUUGGCACUUGGUGCUGGUCCUGUAUUAAGCAAUAAGCAGAUGGCUACCACUGGACAGAUCAGGGUUUCUCUGUCCUAUCAGAAGAAACUUACUGUGGUUAUUCAUGGCUGCAGAGGCUUGGUGACAUCAUCAAAAGAAGGUUUAGACACUUAUGUCUCUUUGAUUCUGCUGCCUGAUAAAAGCAAAGGCACAAAGAGAAAGACUGCUGUGAAGAAAAAAGACUUGAACCCUGAGUUUAAUGAGAGGUUUGAAUUUGACCUGAGUGUCGAGGAUGCUCGGCAACGAGUGCUCAGUGUGUGUGUAAAGCACAGCUCAUCCUUCAUGAGUCGAGACAAAGACAUCAUUGGUCAGGCAGAAAUUGAUCUGGCACAAAUUGACUUUCUCUCAAGUGUUACAGAAUGGUUUGACUUAAAAGAUCACAACUAGCCGGAGUGUCUAAAUCUUGAGACCUUCCCUCAAAGAGGCCAUAACCAUUCAUCAAUACAACUUUCUACACAGAUGCCAUGCUGUAUAUUUUUUUUUUAUUUCCCCCUCUUUUGUACUUUAGAGCACUAGAAAUGCUGAAAUUGAAUAAUGAAAGAUGGAAUCAAUAUUACUUAUGGACAGAGUUUUGUUAAAGUUUUUAUAAGUUUAUUGUCAAGAUAUAAGUGGGUUUUCAGGAAAUGUAAUAUAGCUACAUCUAUAUUUUAUUAUUAUUAUUAUUAUUAUUAUUAUUUACAAUUGCCAAUCUACUUAUGCAAUUGCCCAGGGAUGCAAAUUAAAAAAUAUAUUGUGUUUGAUUAUGCAAUGAUGACAUUUAUGGCAUCAGACAUUGGAAUAGCCUUUGUUCUAGUCUGUUUCUUGACCAGAUACUACCAGACAUCACUGUGUUUUUACAAUUCUAAUGAUUGUAUCAGCUACUGUUAUUAGCACAGAACAAAGUUUAAGUUUUAAAAAGAGAUAACAGAAUAAUUUGGUCUAUAUAUAUAUAUAUAUAUAUAUAUAUAUAUAUAUAUAUAUAUAUAUAUAUAUAUAUAUAUAUAUAUAUACACAAUUACAAUUUUUUAUUUACAAUAACUUUGCUUGUGACUUUCACGUUGAUCUACAGUACAAACCUUUUCUGUAUAUCCAGUAUUAUUGAGGUUGCCGCUGCGGUGUGGUACCUUUACCUUUAAUGAAAUUAUGAAUUUAUGUCACCCAUGCAAACUACUACAGACAGAUUUGCAGAUAUAGUAGUACAGAAUAGGUCUAAAAAUCUUUUUCAAUGGCCUUCUUGAUAAAAAAAAAACAAAAAAUGACAGUGUAAGCCUGAUCAAUACCAGGGCUGCAUUCCAGUACAGUUACUGUUUCUCUAAAGUUUUUGACAAUCACUAUUUGACUUCCCCCUGCCUACUUCAGAAUUUUACUAGCUAAGUGAACUCAAAAUUUCUUUUGAAUUUCUGAAGUUUGUGGAUGGAACUGUUAUAAGUGUAUUAAUGUGCUAAUGUUCUAUGUGGUAGACAGUGUUAGUUCGUUCUGACUGAAGUUACCAAGAUCAGUAUGACACAAUCUAUUUAGCUAGUUUAGCUAACAGCUCAGUAAAUUGAUUGUGGAAAUUGCCAAGUACAUUUCUGUGUUCAUGAGUAGGGGGGUUCAAAUGCGUCCCUUGUGCUGCAUAUGCCAACUCCGGCAAUAUAAACUCACCACCCACUUACUUUACUAGGAACACCCGUACAACUUGCAGUAUAACCAUCAGCCAGUCCUGUGUCAGCAGCAUAAUGCAUAUAUUCAUGCCCAUACCAGUCAAUAGCUUCAGUUUAUAUCAUUCCACAACAGAAUAGUGAAAAAAAAAACUGUGGCAUGGUGCUGGGUGAGUUUUUCAUAAUCUGCUGCUCCUCUGGGAUGUUCACAACUACCAUUUGAGGCCAUCAUGGGCACAUGGGUUUUUCCAGUUUUCUGCACCAUUCUGUAUGAACUGUAGAGAAUGUAGCAUGUGAUUAAUACAAUACAAUUGCAGAUUAAGAAAUACUCAGAAACUCUGGCACCGGCAACCAUGCAACAGUUAAAAAUCACCUUUUCUCAUUUUAAUGAUUGAUAUGAACUAUGAAUUAAUUGAAGGUCUUAACCUGUAUCUGUAUGUUUUUAGGUUCUGUGCUGCCAUGUGACUGGCUGGCCAUGUAAUUGCAUGAACAUGCAGGUGAACAGUUGUUGUUAACUGCCUGGUGAAUGUAGUUGAUAAGAAGAGUUGUGGGAGGAAAAUGAAAACCAAAAACAUGGACAGUCUUUCCAAUACAGAGAUUCAAGACUGUGCUGACAGAUUUAAUGUGUAAUAAUGGCCUUAAGAAAAAUAUUAACAGUCUGCACUUCCAAAAUUUUGUGGGGGUUUCUCCAAAGCACUGCAGUGGUAAGAUCAUGUGGAGGGCUUUUAGUCAUUAGAAUGCAUGUUUAUGCUCAACCUUGAAUGGCCUUACAUCUAUGUGCUACGAACUGCAUAUCACUUUUUACCUUUUAUUAUUUUGCUUAUUAUAUGAGUUUAGAACUUUGUAUGUUUAUUAAAAUAAAACGAGUCAUUUUGUCACUUCAAAAUUUAGAAGUGUGCUGAACAUUUUAAACUUUAAUGUUAUUUGACCCACCUGAAAUAGUAUUUUGCAUUUCUCUCAUGAAAUGUACCUUUUUUGAGAUCCUAACAAACUAUAAAUACAAAAAAUUUCCUCUCAGAAGUUUUAUAAAGACGUUUUGAGGAGAAACAAUUGGGAGACUUCUUAGUGAUCUGGUUCUUUGUGAAUGUGGCAUUUAUCAAAAGUUUUUGCCUACUGUGUUUUAUUUUUUUUAUUCUAUGAUGCAAAACCUGCUUGAAUGUAACUGCUGCAUAGAUGUAGAUGAAAAAAACAAAAUACCAAAGAAUGAAGCAAACAAUAACCAAUAGACUGCAUUUUUCACAGCUAUGCAUUGUUCAGUAUUCAAUCUCUGCUGGCAAACACUUGAGCUUGAAUAUUUCCACAUUAAAAUGCCAAUAAAGUGCACACUUAAUCACCA